UCUCCACCAUAUUUCUCCCCGCCCAUGGAUGCUUAUUUCCGUUGAUUCUGUCAAGGAGAGGAGAUACGUGCAGUGCAGUGAAAAUGCAAGCUAUUAAAUGUGUUGUUGUUGGUGAUGGUGCCGUGGGUAAAACAUGUCUUCUCAUCAGUUAUACAACCAAUGCCUUCCCAGGAGAAUAUAUUCCCACUGUGUUUGACAACUAUUCUGCCAAUGUAAUGGUGGAUGGGAAGCCUAUCAAUUUGGGUCUAUGGGAUACAGCAGGACAAGAAGAUUACGAUAGGCUGCGGCCAUUGUCUUAUCCACAAACGGAUGUCUUCCUAAUCUGCUUUUCACUAGUCAAUCCAGCAUCUUUCGAGAACGUUAGAGCGAAGUGGUAUCCAGAAGUAAGACAUCACUGUCCAACCACCCCCAUUAUUCUUGUGGGAACAAAACUGGAUCUUAGGGAAGACAAAGACACAAUUGAAAAACUAAAAGACAAGAAGUUAGCACCAAUUACAUACCCACAGGGACUGGCUAUGGCAAAGGAGAUUGGUGCAGUGAAGUACCUUGAGUGCAGUGCUCUCACUCAGAAGGGACUCAAAACAGUUUUUGAUGAGGCAAUCCGAGCCGUAUUAUGCCCAGUGCUGCAAGUUAAACCGAAAAGGAAGUGUGUGCUUAUAUAAAGAGGAUGAUCAGCUGUAGAAACUGUAAAUGUUACUAUUCUUAACUCUUGGAUGAAAAGAAUGUGAAGGGGUAGAUAUAAGCAACUAACAGUUGCUGGAAAUGUGUAGAUUUGUCAGCUCAAUGCUGAAUUUGUGAAGUGAUGCAUUUUAACAGUGUGAUGCGAACAACUUUGAUGCCUCCCUGAUGGCUGGUGGUGAGAUGUUAUGUGGUUUGGCAGUUCAGAAUGAGAAGUCUUUCUCAUGUCUUUUAUAUGUGAAGCUGUGUUCUUGUUAGCAAGAGUAAGAAAAUUAUAUUUUUAAACACUCUGACAAAUAUAUUGACAACAGUGUCACAAAUAACUGAUUAUAAUAUCAUUCUUAUUUCUCAUUUUGUGACUCGUACAAGAUCUUUAAUUUUUUUUGUUUCCCUGUGUCUCCCUUGCUGCUUUGCCUCCCACACAUUUUAAUACUAUAAAGCAUGUAAGAGUAUGGUUAACCCUGUAAGAUGCUGACACAUAAUUAUACCACCUUCUGUGUUUUAAUAACUAAUACUGUGGAAUUUGGACAGAUAAAUUAACAGAACUGCUCCAUAUUAUGUGUCUGUUUAUUGUUGAUAAGAAUAUCUUUUUAAUUAACUUUCUUUCAAUGCAUCCAGACUUAAAUUCUUUGUUAUGGGAACCCAUGAUAUUCUCAUCAUGCCAUCAACAUUCUUUCAAGAAAGCCAUACUAUAACAAAAAUACACAGUUAACAUCUAUGCACAGAAGUUCAACACUUGACCACAAAUUGAGAUUUUUACUAGUGAUUGAUAAUAGCAAGAAAUGUUGAGAGCUGAAAAUUAGAUUUGACACCUGGAAAAUUGAGAGAUAAUUUUUAAUACUUUGCUGGUAGCAUAUGUUUUUUGUGGGAAACAAAUACCCACGUAUGUGAAUAAACAGACACCAGAGUUAUAUCGUCAAAUCUGUUUUAGAAAAUUUUCUGACCCAUGAUUCGUGUUGUCAGCAUUUGUUGAUAAUAGAGCAAAAUUAAAUGAUGAUUAAAUUCAUAAUUUUCUAAAAAUUUAUUUUUGGGGACAAAAAUAAACCUUUUCAUUAUCAGAAAGUCAUUAUGCACAACCCAUGUUUUGAAGAAUGUAUCAUUUAUUUCUGAGAAAGUUGGUAAAUGGUAAGAAAACUAUUAUUUGGAAAUAAGCCAUAUCGUAGUACAGCUGUGGCAUGCAGCCUCAAAAACGAAAACGCAAGCCAUUCUUGCCCAUAAACAAACAUUAUUGCACAAAAUCUCUCUCCUGAAAAUAUGUUCCCUUUUUUAUAAUAUUUGUAUUAUUUUGAAAUGCACCGUAGGUGGAGUAAGACUGUAGAAAAAAAAAUAUUUUGGUAAAAGUUGUUACAUAUUGUUUCUGUUCUUCUAUAAGUAUUGUACAUAAUUUUUACUAAUUAAAGUAUAGCAGUACUGCUUCAUUGAAAUAUAUUUGUUUGAUUCUAAGAUGAUUGUUGAAUUGUUAUUUUCAAGAUAGAAUGAAAUGUGGAUGGAAUUAUCAGCAUUUUCCUUGUAAAUUCUUGUGACUGACGUGUUUCAUAGGAUGUGUCAGAUGAUUUCACUUGGUUGUUUAACACCCCUGCAAAAGUCUCUGCAUCUGGGUCUUUACAGCUUAAAUUGAUAUAUUAUAUAUAUGUAUAAAAUAAACAGAAUAUUUGGCUGUGUCAGUUGAUAGUUUACCCAGAAAGAAGACUGUAUUUUGCAAAAUGCUUUGAUCCACAGUAAAGUAUGCUGUGGUACUCAUAAGUUACCUGUCAGUAUGAAAAAUUACUUUCCUGAUAAAUAACAUAUGAAAUUUUCACACACAUCCUGAAUCAUAUAAGAGAAAUGUCUUGAUUCUAUAAGUUAUGACCUUCCAUGUUUAAGCUUAUAAGCUUUAGUGAUUGUCAAUUGCUAAAAUUUGUAACUAUGCAUUUGAGUGGUACUGACUGCCUGAAUGUAAUUCCACUUCAUUUAACUAAAUUGUAGGGUUUUGUUGGUUGGAGAUAAUGAACUAGCUUUAUGACUCAUUGCCACUUUUUGAAGUCCUCAGAAGACCAUUUUGUUUAACUUUGUGAUGAUUUCUGAGUAGUUUUGUGUAACGUAACAAAAAUCUAAGUGAAUUUGAAUUUUCUUAACAAGUCUUUCUUAUGAGGACGGAAAUAAAUACAAAAUUAUUAUGUGGCCUGAAAUGAUAUCCAGUAUUUUUUCCAGUUAUUGUUAAUUGUAACCUAUUAAAUCAAGUGAUCCAUUGCUGUACAUAUACAGUCUUAAUAUUUGUUAAGAGUAAUUGAAUGUUAUAAGUUGUAUAUUAAUGAACAUUAACUUGGCAAUACGGGACUCUGUUUUGUCAACACUAUAAAAUUUUUAUUUAAAGAGAGAACAAUAAAACACAUGCUUUGUCUUUGGUUAA